GGUGUGUCCUGCUUCUGGACUGACUGGAUUCUGAGCUCAGAAUGUGCCUGAUUCUUGGAUCAGCUGGACCUUGCUAAGUGCCCUGAGGAGGGCUGGGUUUCACCCUUGGCCUCCCAUCUCAGGGACCCACUCCUCUGUGCUGCUGCUCAGGACCAUGUUCCUCUCUCUUGAAUUUCCUUGUGGAUCCCAUAGUGUCUGUUAGACCCAAAACGCUGAAAGAUGUCUGCUCCAGAGUUUUCAGUGAAAAUACCAAAGCCAGAUAUUACUUUCUUAGAUGGCACCAAGAAGAGAGCACCUGCUAAAGAUCUCCAAGGAAAAUUUCUAGCACUUGUAUCACCUGUAACUCCUGCCAAAGUUUAUUGCAGUGUUUUCAUCAUUUCUUUCCUGCUUAUGCUUGUAACUGGACUUUCUGUUGCUUUGUUCGUGAGAAACACAGAGCCUGUCGUAGAGAGCAGGAUGUAUGCUUCCUGCCCAAGAAACUGGAUUGGAUUUGGACAUAAGUGUUUCUAUUUUUCUGAAGACACAAGGAAUUGGACAUUCAGCCAGACUUUCUGUGCCUCACUGGAAGCCAAUCUUGCUCAGUUUGCAAGCAUGGAAGAAUUGAAUUUCCUGAAGAGAUACAAAGGCUCUUCUGACCAUUGGGUUGGCCUCAACAGAGACUCACGACAUCACACUUGGAAGUGGGCAGACAACACUGAAUACGAUGCCUUGUUUGCCAUCAGAGGAUCUGGACAAUGUGCCUACCUGAAUGAGAAUGGAAUCAGCAGUGCCGGUAUCUUCACAGAUAGGAAAUGGAUUUGCAGCAAGCCAUGCAGCUAUAUGGAAGAAUGCCAAAUUACAUUAAAUUCUUUUUAGGAAGCAGGGCACCAGUGGUUCACACCUGUAAUCCUAGCAACUCAGGAGGCUGAGAUCAGGAAGAUCACAGUUUGAGGUCAGACUGGACAACUAGUUCAAGAUACCUCAUCUUCCAAAUAAGCAGAGUAAAGUGGACUGAAGGUGUGAGUCAAGCAAUAAAGCACCUGCUUUGCUGGUGUAAAGUCCUCUGUUCAAAGUACAGUUCAACCAAAAAAACUGUCAUUUGAAGAAUGUUAUAGAGAUGAAAUAUUACUGUAAAUAACAUUACACUUUUCACUAUAAAUAAUUACAUAUGUCUAUAGUCCUUUGCUUUUCAUCGCUGAGUAGUACUUCAUUGUAUGUUAACGAAAAUGUACUUAAUCAUUCAUCCACUGUAAAAUAUCUGUUUGUUAACAGGUGUCUGCUACUGUAAGUAAGGCUGCUAUGAACAUUCAAGUGUAGGUUUUUGUGAAAACAUAAGCUAUUGUAUCUGUGCAAUGAAUGCCCGAGGAUGGAAUAGCAAGGUUGUGUGGUGAUUGCAUCUUCAGUUUAAAAGAAACUGUUGGAGUCACAAUGGGAGUCACAAUGGUAGAAUAGGAGGCCCUGGACUCUUCUCCCGCAAUGGACACAUCAGCCUCACUGUAUUUGCUUCUUGAAGAGGGUAAUUUCCUGUGCUUUCUUUGCUGGGCUACUUACGGGGUUUUGUUGAGUGAGCUUCAUCUAUUUCCAUCAGUCUACUGAGACGAAGCACACUGUUUCUCUUCUCUCUGAAGAAGUGCUGAUACUCAGUAUUUAUAAAUCCAGUCAAUGGCCAAUCAGAACAAUCAGUGUUCUGCACGUGGGGAAGAUGCUGGAUCUGAAGAAAAAGCUUCAGUCAUUUUCUAGAUCACGGCUUUCUCCAAAAGACUUUAAAUGAUGGCUUCAUAGUAUUUACUGAUGCAGAUAUGAAAUAAUAAUUGACAUCUUUAUCUGAAUCACAGAUUUCAUUUCUCAGAACAGGCAUUUCAAGGAUAUUAUCCAUAUAGAUCUUGAAAUAGAGAAAGUUUAAUUAAUAUUUUGUAACAGUUUCAAUAACAGUAAAUUAACACAAAUCAAUGGUGUUAUGGUCUGAGUGUUUGUGUCACCUCAAAUUCAUAUAUUGAAAUCCUAACCCUAAAGUGAUGGUGUUGAAAGGUGAGGCCUUCAGGAGGUUAUGAGGGGAAAACUCAUAACUGGGAUUGGAACCUUUGUAAAAGUGGUCCCCAGAAGCUUUGUUGUUCCUUCUACCUUUGAGAACACAGCUAGAAGGUGCCAUCUAAAAAUCAAACGCCACCAAGUGUGCUGUUGCACUGCUCAUGGACUUUGAGUCUCCUGAAUGUGAGAAAUGUUUAUAAACUACGUAGCAUAUGAUAUUUUGUUACAGCAGCCUGAAUGGACUAGACAAUUAGUUUAAAUACAGCAUAAAUUAUUAUAUAGUUAGGAAGGCCACAGGUUCAAAAUGGAUCUUCCUGGGCUAAAAUCAGCACAUAGGGUUAUGUUCUCUGGAAAGUCUAUGGCAGAACCUGUGUCCUGGCAUUCACAGUCUGUAGAAGCCACUUGCUUGUAUAUGGGUAUGGCCACUGGUUCUUUCUUAAAAGCCAACUGUAUAGCAUCUUCAAAUUUUUCUGAUCAUGGUACUCCUGCCUUCUCUUAUAAGGAACCCCAUGAUUAGAUCAAACUACUUGGUUAAUCUAGAACAAUCUCUUCAUCUCUGUGAAGUCUCUUUUCCUAUGUAAGAUAACAUAUUGACAUAUUUGGGAGAUGAUGGUGAGGAUGCCUUCAAAGGUCAUUAUUCUGCUUACUACAUAUGGGCAAAGUUAAAUCAUUUUUGGCCUUGCUUUGUUUCAAAGGCUGUGUACUUUUGAAUCACAAUAAUGCCAUUCCUCCCUGCCCCCAACAGUAGUAGGGUUUGAACUCAGGACUUUACUCUUUCUAGGCAGACACUCACCACUUUAACCAUGCCACCAGGUUCACUGUCUGUUGUAUUCUUCUCUCAUUCAGUAUCUCCACCAUCCACCCUGUCUUCAAAGGCCAAAGGGCCCAAGUAUGAUGGGCAGAGAUCAAGUAGGAACAAAUAAUUUCUAUGAGUUUUACUUUAUAUGUCUUUCUUUUGAUCAACUGUUCCAAUUAAAGAAUCUUACAUUACUUUUCCAACAGUCAGUUGAUAUAUUCACUUCUAACGGCUGCUUUGAAGUAGGUUUUUCCAGUCCUUUUAUGUCCAGUUAGUCACCAAUUUCUGCCUCCUAAAUAUAACCUUAAUUUUUUUUUUUUUGUGGUGCUGGGGUUUGAACUCAAGGCCU